AUGAACCGCUCCAUCACCGGCGCCUGGGCCAACCAGCGGAACAAGAUCUCUCUCAACAGUCCACUUCCACCGUCCGUAGGCUCUUCAUUAUCCUCGGCUGCAUCCAGUAUACCCGUUCCACCUCCGCCAGGAUCAGCAGCCGCAGCCGCUCUCGCAAGGCAGCAAGCAGCGCAAUCACAACAGGAUGGCGAAUCGUUGCCAUGUGCGGCUGCUGAACAGAGUGAUGCUAAUGCAGCAGCCUCGCCAGUAGCAAGCGGAUCUGCGCCAAGGACACGGCAGAGCUCGCCAACUCCCGCUGUCCUUGCAUCCACCUCUUCGCCCAUCAAGCGAAAGUCCCGUUCUUCUCGCGUCGACGGCAGCGUUGCCGCCUCUGGAUCCUCCUCCUCAAAACGACCAAAAGGUCUCAUCUCCAAGCUCAUGAACACCGCCGAGAAAUAUACCCCUCCAGCAACUCGUCUGGCUGAUCUUGGCGGCAUUUCUAACGCCAUCGAGAAGAUUCUUGAGCUUAUCGCUAUGCCUCUCUGCCAUCCAGAGAUCUACGCACACACUGGUGUCAAACCACCACGCGGUGUGCUCUUGCACGGUCCACCAGGAUGCGGUAAGACCAUGCUCGCCGGCGCUGUAGCUGGCGAGCUUGGCGUGCCCUUCCUUUCCAUCUCGGCUCCCUCCGUCGUUUCCGGCACCUCAGGAGAGUCAGAGAAGACAAUCCGAGAUACUUUCGACGAAGCGGCCUCCAUUGCUCCUUGCAUUCUUUUCAUCGACGAAAUCGACGCCAUCACUCCAAAGCGAGAGACAGCUCAGCGAGAGAUGGAGAGGAGGAUCGUUGCACAACUUCUCACAUCACUUGACGAUCUGAGUUGGGAGAAGACCGACGGCAAACCAGUCAUGAUCAUUGGAGCGACAAAUCGACCCGACAGUCUCGAUUCAGCAUUACGUAGAGCUGGACGUUUCGACCACGAAAUCGUAAUGGGUGUGCCAGACGAAGACGGACGCGAACAAAUUUUGCGAGUCCUUGCUCAAAAGCUUCGACUUUCCGGUGACUUCGACUUCCGCGCCUUGGCCAAAGCAACACCUGGCUACGUCGGUGCCGAUUUGACCGCGCUCACUUCAGCAGCUGGUAUCGUUGCAGUCAAACGCAUCUUCCAGCAGCUGAGCGAGAUGGAUUCCCUAUCCUCGGACUUUUCAGCGGAGCGCAUCUCACAGGCUAUUGGCCUGCACGCUAGUGAGAAUCAGUCAGGGAACAAACAAGAAGAUUCGACGUCUGCAGACGUCGAGAUGGGUGAUUCUGACACAACAGCGGUAGCUGCAACAGAGCAAGCUGGCGAACCGACGCCUGUAGUUCCUCCUGCAGUAUCGGCGGUGGCAGCAACAGAAGCGAACGCAGAUUCGCCUGCAGCAUCCUCAGGAGCAGUCACAUCGACUGCAGGUGCAGAAGACGGCAGGCAAACUCCAGUCGCUGCUCCUACCGUGGCGCAGUCCAACGUUCGCCCAUCUGAAACAUUCUUCGACGCCCUUCCCAAGCACAUUCGCGAUUCGUCCAUCGCCUCUUUCUUGAAGAAUCACCCUUCGCCGCUCACCGAUGCGCAGCUUGCACCUCUUUCCAUCACCAACGCAGAUUUCCUCGUUGCGCUUCCGUCGGUUCAGCCCUCCUCUAAGCGAGAAGGGUUCGCUACCGUCCCUGACGUCUCAUGGGCGGAUGUUGGUGCCCUUCACUCGACUCGAGACGAGCUUUCCAUGGCGAUUGUCGAGCCCAUCAAGCGUCCCGAGCUCUUCCGCUCCGUCGGUGUCUCUGCUUCCUCGGGUGUUCUUCUUUGGGGUCCACCUGGUUGUGGUAAGACCCUGCUCGCCAAAGCGGUCGCAAACGAGUCUCGUGCCAACUUCAUCUCAGUCAAAGGCCCCGAGCUGCUCAACAAGUACGUUGGUGAAUCUGAAAAGGCUGUACGUCAAGUCUUUGCCCGUGCACGCACAUCCUCGCCAUGCGUUAUCUUCUUCGACGAGCUCGACGCACUGGUUCCCCGCAGAGACGACUCGCUAUCCGAAAGCUCGAGCAGAGUCGUCAACACUCUGCUUACCGAAUUGGACGGCUUGGAAACCAGAGUGCAGACCUACGUCAUUGCAGCUACCAACAGACCAGACAUGAUCGAUCCUGCCAUGUGUCGUCCCGGUCGUCUCGAUAAGCUUCUUUACGUCGACUUGCCAAAACCCGAUGAACGACUUGAGAUUCUCAAAACUAUCACCUCCAAAACUCCUCUCAGCGACGAAGUGGACCUCCAGUCGAUCGCUUACGACGCCAAACUCGAAGGUUUCUCCGGUGCAGAUCUUGCUGCACUUGUUCGCGAAGCUGCUGUCUUGGCAUUGCGAGAGAGGAUUCUCUUCCACAACUCCCAGCCUGCUACUACGGCAGUCCCAGUGAAGAGGGAAAAGAAGAAAGGGGCAGAAGAGGAGGGGGUGAAGGUGACAGUGAUGCAUCUGCAUUUUGUGGCGGCAUUGUCGAAGAUUCAGCCUUCCGUGUCGGCUCAGCAGCGACGCAAAUACUCGUCGCUCCGACAGAAGCUGCAGGGUUCCGUACCUAUCGACGGCGGUUCUGCGACGAAUAAGCGCGAAGGUAGAUUCGAAGGUGAUGGUGACGACACCCCUACUCCUGCCACAUAG